AUGGCAGCUGCAGCGGCCCAGGCAGUCCCCGAGUUCAAACUCAUCCUCGUCGGCGAUGGGGGUGUCGGGAAAACAACUCUCGUCAAGAGACACUUGACAGGAGAGUUCGAGAAGAAAUACAUCCCCACUCUUGGUGUUGAAGUCCACCCGCUGAAGUUCCAGACCAACUUCGGCAUGAUCACCUUCAAUGUCUGGGAUACUGCCGGUCAAGAGAAGUUCGGAGGCCUCCGCGAUGGCUAUUACAUCAAGGGACAGUGUGCCAUCAUGAUGUUCGAUGUCACGGCGCGUAUCACGUACAAGAACAUUCCCAACUGGUACAGAGAUAUUACGAGGGUGUGCGAGAACAUCCCCAUUGUCCUUGUUGGCAACAAGGUUGAUGUCAAGGACCGCCAAGUGAAAGCUCGCCAGAUUCAGUUUCACCGAAAGCGGAACCUUCAGUAUUAUGACAUCAGUGCUCGUUCCAACUACAACUUCGAAAAGCCUUUCCUCUGGCUGGCGCGCCGCCUGACAAAUCAGCCGGCGCUCUCCUUUGUUGGUGAGCAUGCGAAAGCUCCUGAAAUCCAGAUUGACCCGAAUCUCGUGCAGGAAGCGGAGAGAGAGCUGCAGGCUGCCGUGAGCACCGCCAUUGAUGACGAUGAUGAGGACCUGUGA